AUGCUUACCAGAAAUAUAUGCCAAACAACUUUAACUACAGGUGCUUCUAAAAUUGAAGCUAAUGUAAAUAGAGAAGCUGAAGCUUGUGUAGUUAAUGUGAUAUCCGGGCCCAAUGUUGGCUUUAAUUCCGGGAAAGUCGCCAUCGUGGUCAUUGGAAACAAUGUUAAAAUUCACUGCAACGGAACCAACUGA